AUGUCCGACGAGGUCGCAAAGUCACUGGGCGCCACCUGCCCCAAGGGAGGAUCCUUCUACGUCUGCUACGACAAGCCCACCCAGUUCGUCGGCUGCUGCUCCGUCGACCCGUGCAAGACGGCGACGGGCGCCUGCCCCGACGACAACCUCAAGUACACCUCCUUCGACAAGUACUCCUUCAACUCCCUCAAGCCGCAGCUCUGCGUCAGCGACGCCCCCGAGGUGCAGUGGUGGACCUGCGCCGAGGCCAAGCCAAACCCGUUCAUGGGCUGCUGCUCCGUCAACCCGUGCGAGACGGGGUCCGGGUGCCCGGACGGCAAGAUCUUCGCGGCCAAGCUGAACGACAAGAGGGAGCAGGCGGAGCCCUUCCUCACCGCGGAGCAGCGUGGCUCGAACAGCGGGCUGCCCACUGGUGCCAAGGUCGGCAUCGCUAUAGGUGCCGUGCUCGGGUUCCUCCUCAUCGCCGGCCUCGCCUUCUUCUUCUGGCGCAGGCGGAGGCAGCAGAACGCCCCGGCUACAGGCUCAUAUGAGCAGUACGGCGGGAACUACCCAGAGUCCAAGAUGGGCGGCGGCUCGCACAUGUCGUCCUACACCGCGACAUCCACGCCCUCCGUCGCCACGCAGAUGCCGUACGACCCGUACGGGCAGCAGCAGGCAAACGGGCAGCUAUACCCUCACUACAACCAGGCGAUACACACCCAGGGCGGCUUCCCCCCGUCGUCCGUGUAUAUCCCCAACCAGCCGACACCGCCUCCCAUGUCCGCUCACCCGGCGCCGCACGGCCAGGGGCAGGCUUUCGCCGCCGAGCUGCAUUCGGAGAGCGCCUCGGACGUAUAUGAAGGGGGGAAGAAGCCCACGCCUACCGAACUACCCUGA